AUGGAUGAGUUUGACCGAAUUUCGGUGCAAAUCUCCGCACUCCUCCUCUACAUCUUCUAUCCGUUCUUCGUGAUCGCUUCUGGUCUUCUGCCCGCCGUCCUCGACGUCUCCGCAAUUUUUGUGGUCGUCUGUCUUGUCCGCGAAUCGCUGAAUCAUGUUGAGGUCGGAAACGUUCAGGCGCUGGAGUGUGUCAGAAUUCGCUUGGUGCGUCAAGAUUCUAGAUGCAUUGAAUACUGUGGUAUUUUCAGAGCAACUUCACAAUUUUCCUCAACUUGUUCGUCUACCUCCUCCCGGACUCCAAACUCGAUCUGAACAAUCUCGUUUCCGUCUUUUUCUACAUCGCCUACAACUUUUGUAAGUUCUCUCGAUGGUUAUUGGUUGCACAGUGUGCCAAUUGUUUCAGUGGUCCUCAUUCACUUGAAACUUCUCGAUCACAUUGUCAAAACUCACCGGAAUAUCUGA